AGCUCGCGGCAACACGGCCGAGUCUACACCAUGUGCAUCUCCAACCAGGGGGGGGUAGAAACACACAUCACCCAUCGUGCGAAUGCCCCCUGCGUAUCCAUGGUUUCUUCCUCUCUACGUUUCCUCGUCUGCCCGCCUCGCCAUGUCUCGUACUCCCAAGCAUACUCUCCACCUCUUGAGCACUCCCGCUUUCGUGGUCCCCACUCAUGCCCUUACCAGAACAGAGAAAGCUAAACUCACAUACGAACGUGCGAAGGAGUACGUCCGGGCAUACCGCCUGAGCAUGGAUGAUGUCCUAGCUCUUUCCCCCAAAUUUUGGCAACUCCACCAGGACCCGCUCACAGCUCUGGACGGAGGUGCAGCGACCCUCGUCACCAUUCAAGUCAACCUGACAGCCGGUACAAUCGCAAGGCAUGCGGCCCGCCGACCCGAGCUCGUCCCCCUCGUCGAUGAUCUCCUCAGCUACCGCAAGCACGGACAAUUCCUGAUGACUGAAGUUGGACAUGGUCUAGACAUUGCUAAUCUCGAGACCACCGCCACUCUCCUACCUUCUGGUGAAUUUACCUUGAAUACCCCCACGCCUGAGGCGGCCAAGUUCAUGCCUCCUGCCAUUCCUGCCGGCCUUCCGACCAUUGCUGUCGUCUGGGCCAAGCUUAUCGUACACGGCCAAGACCGUGGCAUCCGCCCAUUCGUUGUCCCUCUCAAUGAUGGAAGGCAGAUGUGCACAGGCAUCAAGUCUAUCCUCCUCCCUGAGCGGGGUGGCCCCAACCCCGUGGACCACGCCAUCACAUCCUUCCACAACGUCCGCCUACCGUCCCAGUCGAUUCUCGGGUCGAUCGAGAAGGCUGUCUCGCCACGGCUCGCGUUGACACAGUCGAUGUGGCGCGUCGUCUGUGGCACGAUCGCCAUCGGCUGCCUUGCGCUGCCGCUGAUGAAGGGUUGUGUCACCAUCGGGGCGAUGUACUCUCUGCGCCGUCACGUCGGCGAGCCCAACAACCGCAUCCCGAUCAUGCACUUCCGCACGCAGCAGAUCCCGAUCCUGACACUGACUGCGCAGAUAUACGUCAUGGAGGCGUUUGUCGAGUGGUGCACCAACGUCUUCAGCGACAUCACCGUAGACUACCGCGUCCGCCACGCUAUCGCAGGCAUCCUCAAGGCGACCAUCGUCGGUCACAUGAAUGCGAGCGCCAUCGCGAUUGCAGACCGGUGCGGCGUCCAGGGGUUGUUCGCACACAAUCAGAUGACCACGAUACAUAACGACGCCCGGGGCAUUGCCAUCGCUGAAGGUGACAUACUCGUGCUCUCUAUCAAGCUCGCAACCGAGAUGCUACAGGGCCGCUACAAGGUCCCGGCGGCGCGGGACCAGGAGGGCUUGCUCGCGCGUCACGAGGCGGGCCUCUUCGACGAGAGCCGUGCGGUACUCGCAUCGUGCGCGCACCACCGAAGCAACGAAGUCAACAAGCUGGUCUUGCCACAGUGCCAGGCGAUCAUCGAGGCGAUGGGCCAUCGUAUGGCGUACGAGGCGGCCGUCGCGGCCGGUGUGCAGCAGCCGCUCGUCGAGCUCUACGUCGCCAGCUGCAUGAAGCGCGACGGGGCGUGGUACGUCGAGAACGCGGGCGUGAGCCGCAAGGCGCUCGACGGGAUGGAGGACAGGGCGCUCGACGCGGUGCUCCCCCAGGUCGGGCAGCUGGUCCGGGCGAUGGGUGUCGGGCCGUGGAUCACGUCGAAGAUCGUCUCGGACGAGCGCUGGGACGCGUUCGUCGAGGACUGUCAGGUCUUUGAAGGUCAGGCCGAGGUGAAUGUCUUCCAAGCGGAGAGGGCAGCGGAGUCGGUCAGGUCUCACCUAUGAUGGACUUUGCGCCUAGGCGGGUAUGCUCCCUGUUGUGUUUUUGGAUCUGUAUCUCGAGCUCGUGUUCGCCGGCGCCUCAUGCACAUGUUGUUUACUACUUGUAUUUACUUUAUACUGUG